UUGUACAGUCCGAUGAAGCGGAGUUCGUAAGCCGCUAGAAAAAAAUAAUUAGCCGCACCCUCGACCUAGACAUGGAUUCGUUUAUAUAUUUGAUCCGGAACGAUCUCGCUGUGACAGUACCUUUCAGAGAUACUGUCUGGCACUCGUCAACACUUCGCCACAAAUCAAUCGGGCAUUAUUUAUCGCCUCGACGUCGCCGUAUCGACCUCACGAUGGAUACUCUCGACAAAGCGCAGGUAGCCCAGUUACAGGCUGCCUUCGAUGCUUUUGAUCACGCUAAGAAAGGAUGCAUAAGCACAGACAUGGUCAGCACGAUAUUGGUGAUGCUUGGUCACGAGCUGGAGGAAGGAACGCUGGCGGAUAUCAUCGAGGAAGUCGACGAGGACGCGUCGGGAGAGCUCGACUUUGUCGAAUUUUGCACCCUGGCUGCGAGGUUCAUCGAAGUUGAAGAAGACACGGAGGCAAUCGAGCAGGAAUUGAGAGAGGCGUUCCGACUUUACGACAGGGAGGGAAACGGCUACAUAACCACCGACGUUUUCAGGGAUAUUUUGCACGAGCUUGACGACAACAUUUCCGAAUACGAGCUCGACAUGAUGAUCGACGAGAUCGACGCCGACGGUUCGGGGACCUUGGAUUUUGAAGAAUUCAUGGCUGUGAUGACGGGGUAAGAAAAAAUCGUUUCAUCGACCUACCGGAAGAUUCGAUGACCCGAUUAAUCUCCUCGUACAAGAAUCAAGAAAAUCGAGUAGAAUAUCCGUCUUUUUCACACGCAAGAAAUAUGAUAAUCAUAUAAUUAUAUUAUUUACGAAAAUACUUUUGAGUUUAGAUAAUAUUUUAAUAUUUAUAAAAUACAUUAUACAGUUUAUACGCUUCUUCAAUACAGCUGAUUGCGAGUCUUUAAGUAUUAUCGUGUACUUGCACCGAUGCCAACGUCUUGUUAUACGUAUUACGAAUAAGCUACAUUAUAAUUCUUAUCUUCUUUUCUUAGAAAGCAUAUGUUCUUCGUUUUUUAAUCGUACAACCACUCGUUAUACGUUUCAGGGAGUUUAUUCUUCAUCGUAACCACUCGUAUCGAAUACAGUGAUUAAUAAAAAAUAAUAAAAAUUCAGUUUAGAUUUAUCGAAAUGAAACAAAAGUUGAACCUGUUUUUCUGUUAUACCGCUGUUUCAAAUCUCAAUUUAAGAUUUUUGGUGAAAACACGGAUAUCGCUUCUACAUUUCGUACGUAAAACGGUGCAAAUAAUUACACAAGACACGUUAACUAAAUACACUUAGCCUUUUAUUUAGAUUUUAUUCAAUACUCCGUUUAUUUGCAACUAAUAAGGUAUCAGCAAUCUAUACAAAUGCGCGAAAUAAUUAGCAAAACGCUAAUUCAGUUCAAGUUUUCCCCCAUUCAUCACGUGUAUCAAUUAAAACAAUAAACAGAAGUAAAAUAGAAAAAAAAAUAUAUAUAACAAUCAAA